AGCUCUGUAAAGAUGCAUCAAGUCCACAGCGUCCGCAUCAUGGACGAUUACGAAGCAUACACCUUAGGAAAGCUUACAAGGCAUAAUUUCCUAAACCAGGAUUUGAUCCGAAAUUUCAACGUCAGUGCAACUGGAAGCGAUCUCAUUGUGUUCCUACGCAUACAGAAAACCGGAAGUACUACAUUUGCGAGUCAUUUGGGGCAUGGCUUGAAUUUUACAACUUGGUGUCAGUGUAAUAAAACCUUAUUAAGUGAAUGUAAUUGUCAGAAGAAAUGGAAUUUCAGCGUUCUCUUCAAAAUUAAAAGAAACAGUUGGCCAUGCAGAAUCCAUGCAGACUGGACUUAUCUACAUGAAUGUGUAGAUGGUGUGAUAAAGAAGUAUGCUGGCGGACAAGUUAAGCACAGACAUCUGUACGUUACCAUGGUGAGAGACCCCCUCCGAAGGUUCCUCAGUGAAUGGAGACAAGUGAGCGAUAGGGGAGCAACAUGGAUAGGUACUCUACUUAUUUGCAAUGGUCAUGCUGCCACAAAGGUGGAACUUCCUCCAUGCUUUCGCAAGAACUGGAGAAACGUCUCCCUUCAUGACUUCAUGAGCUGUGCAUCAAAUCUCGGAAUUAACAGACAAACCCGGAUGUUAGCCAACCUGCGCAUUGUUGGUUGUUACAAUACCUCCGGUCUCACGUACGAUGAAAGGCACUAUCUCAUGCUGGCAAGUGCAAAAGAGAACUUACGGAACAUGGCUUUCUUUGGUUUGACAGGUCAUCAAGAAUUAUCACAGAUCUUGUUUGAGAAUACCUUCAACAUGAAAUUCGUCAAAACAUUUAAGGAUGUUCCAACCAGUGACACAUGGAGUGGCAGGUCCGUUGUGUCCAAUGUGCAACGUGAUAAAAUACUUUUUAUAAACAGGUUUGAUGUCAUGCUGUAUCAGUAUGCCAAGGACUUGUUUUUCCAAAGAUUACAAAUGUUGGCUGAGAGAACAAAGGAUUCCUCACUUCGAAACUUGAUUCACACGAGAAUAGAAACGUCUAAAUGAGUCAAUGUUGAUUUAAUUGUGCAAACUAAUCAAUUUCAGACAAAUCAACAACAUUAACCGACACGACAUAAACUAAAGUUUCGAUAUUUUUUGAAAGUUAUUACCUUGAAAAAUUCGUUUGUGUUGUUGUGUGUUCCUCGUUUGGUCAACACUUCUCUCCGCUGAUCUGAAAAUUUAGAACUUUCAAAGACUACAUGUCAAGAGAACAUUAAAUAUUAGUAUUGAUAUUGCAGAUCUUAAACACGGCUACCACACAGAUGUCAUAU